AUGGAAAGCAAAAGAAAAAACACCACGAAGGAGCUUCUUAGAAAAAUAGAAUCACAGAUAGACAAAGUGGCCUUUCUUCAUUCUAAUCCUACUCAAGCCAGAGAAAUCGGAAAGGCUCUCCCCCCUCUACACCAUCCCCAGGAAAUUCUUGGAAGGUGUAUUGCGAGGAUGGACCGGCUGAACUCAAUGAUGAAUCCAAUGAAGUGCUUCACAACAUCUAUUCCUUCAAUAGAGAAACAGGUGGAGUACUUGUACCAAAGAAAAAAAGAAUUUGACGAGGACAAGUGUUAUUCUCUUCUUACAAAAAAUAGAGUCGAUGGAAUCCUUUCCAACAGAAAAGCAACAAUCAGGACAAAAGGAAGAACUCUAAGCUACGAGUUUAAGGAAAAGCUCACAGGAUUCUUGUCAAAGAGAGGUAAUGCUUCAUGGAGCAAUGAGAAAAUAGAUGACUUCAUUAACUCGAUGAUGAAGUAA